AUGAGUUGUUUUCCGUGUUUUUCAAAGAGUAAGAAAAGCAAUAGCAAGAAGGAGCAGCAAGUGCCUUCACCAGAGGAAGAAGAUAUAGCAACAAAAACACCUCCGGAGGUAAAGAAACCAAAGGCAGAUGAACCAAACCAGGUUGACACUUCAAAUAUUCAAGCACAAAAUUUCACAUUCCGUGAACUGGCAAUCGCGACGAAGAACUUUCGGCAAGAAUGCUUGAUGGGUGAAGGGGGCUUUGGCAGAGUUUACAAGGGAACAAUUCCUGCAACUGGGCAGGUGGUAGCAGUGAAGCAACUCGACCGAAAUGGGGGGCUAGCAAGUAAGGAUUUUCUGGUGGAGGUUUUGAUGUUAAGUCUCUUGAACCAUGAGAACCUCGUCAAACUCACUGGUUAUUGUGCUGACGGAGAUCAACGCCUUUUGGUGUAUGAGUUGAUGCCAGGUGGCUCUUUAGAAGGGCUUCUUCUUGUUGGUUUUGGUAAAAAGGCUGGUAAAACCAAAGUAAAACAUGUGCUUGGUUUUAUAACAGAUAGGAAAGCAGAUGAACCUCCUUUAGAUUGGCACAACAGAAUGAAAAUAGCAUCACAUGCGGCGAAAGGACUAUGGUACUUGCACGACAAGGCCAACCCUUCAGUUAUAUACCGGGACAUGAAAUCUUCGAACAUCUUGCUGGAUAAUGAUUUCAAUGCAAAACUAUCAGAUUAUGGAUUGGCCAAACUUGCUGGUGAUAAGAUGAAUAUUGUACCCACGAGAGUUAUGGGCACCUACGGUUACAGUGCUCCCGAGUACGUAAGAACAGGUAACCUCACCUUGAAAUCAGAUGUCUACAGUUUUGGAGUCGUCUUGCUUGAGCUCAUAUCUGGACGGCGUGCGGUUGACACCACAAGAUCGGGCGAUGAGCAAAAUCUAGUUUCAUGGGCACAACCCAUAUUCAGAGACCCAAAGAGAUAUCCAGAUUUAGCAGAUCCAAAUCUGGGGAAAAAUUUCCCAGAAAAGGAUCUGAACCAAGUUGUUGCCAUUGCAGCCAUGUGCUUGCAGGAGGAAGCAGCAGCCCGUCCUUUGAUGAGUGAUGUUGUAACUGCUCUCAGUUUUCUUUCCACCAGUCCUUCAGAGGUUGCUCCCGGUGCUGCUGAAAAUGACAGCCGCAGCUCCUCCGGUAGUUCUUCUGGCGAGGACAAUGGAUCUGCUAAUAACCAGACUGAAAAACAACAUGAUUACAGUCCCCAAUUCACUAAAGAGACGAAGGAGUUCUACUCCAAAUCGAGCCGCAAGAGCAGCACCAGCUCCACUUCAGAUUCAGAACAUGGACGCGUCUCAACCGGCCGCAAAAGCAGUAGGAAAAGUAGCAAAAAGAAAUCUUCCUUAAACCAGAAGAGUAGUAAGAAAUCUUCUCUGAAGCAAAAGAGCAUCAAGAAAUCUUCUGUCAACAUCUUAAGCAGCAAGAAAAGUCGUUCAUCCAAUUCAAGCACCAGUGGGGCGUCACAACAUGAUGGUGGCGAUGUUUUUGAGCGUAGCGGAAGCAGGCCAUCAGAAGGGAACGUUUCAAUUGGCCUAAUCAGAAGUGAGAAUAUUCACUACUCAGACAAUGACAGUAGCAUAAGGUCCGAGGAAAGAAGUAGCAUGCAUUAG